AUGAGUGACACACCACCAAAAAUUAUAAGUAAAUCAAAAGAAAAUACAAAUAAUUUCGAAGACACAAGCAGUAAUAGUAGUUAUCAUAGUAAUAGUAAUAUCAGUAGCACAAAUAGCAGUAUUAAUAAUGAAUGCCCAUCCCCACCAAAAAUAUUAAUAGAUAAUCAAGAGUUAAUACCACAACCAUAUGGUGGUGGUAGCGGUUUAUCGUCGUCAAUUGAUAAUGAAAUUAAUCAAAAUAAUAAUAACAAUAAUAAUAAUAACACUAAUAACGUUAAUAAAUCUCCAACAUUAGCAUCGCCAUUGCAUGGAAAACAAAGAAGGUCAUCAUCACCAUUGGCAUUUAUAGCAUCAGCUUUUCAUUCACCAAAUAAAAAGAAAGGAAAGAAAAAAGAAAAGAAAGCUUUGAACGAAUUAAAUGAAUUGUCACUGGAGGAUAGUGGCAGCGAUAAAGAAGAAAAAGAAAAAGAUAAAGAUAGAGAAAAAAGAGAAAAAAAAGAAAGAAAAGAAAAGGAAAAGGAAAAAGAAAAGGAAAAAGAAAAGGAAAAAGAAAAGGAAAAAGAAAAGGAAAAAGAAAAGGAAAAAGAAAGGGAAAAAGAAAAGGAAAAGGAAAAAGAAAAGGAAAAGCAUCAUCACCAUCAUCAUUUACAUCGUAAUAGAAAUAUUGACUUAUCAAAGGCAAUUAAUUUUGAAGAGGAAAUAUCUCCACCAUCAUCACCUAAAGAUUCAACAAAAGAAUUAAAAGAAUCAAAAAAGAAAGAAAAGAAAAAAGAUAUAGAUAAUCAAGAAGGUUUAUUAAAGAAAUCAAUUAGUAAAACAUUUUAUAAAUCAGAUGACAAACUCAACAUUAAUAAUUUACCCCACACAAUUAUCACUCAAAUAUUGUAUUAUUUAAUUCAAAACAAAGUUGAUUUAGAGAAAUCUGAAAUUAGAUUUGAUAGAUCACCAGAAGAACUUUCAACAUCAAUUGGUACAUCAUCAACAGGUUCUACAACUAGCAAUAAUAACAAUAACAACAAUAAUAAUAGUUUAACUUUUAGUGGUGAACAAUCAACACCAUUAACAUCAUCAACAUCAUCUAAAAAAUUAAACCCAAAUUUAGAAUUAGAAAAUAUAUCAUUAGUUUGCAAAUUAUGGGGAUGUAAAAUUUCACCACAAGUAUUCAAUUUCUUUAUUGUAAAAUCACCAAAGCAUUUGCGUUCAUUAAUAUCUCUUAGUAGUCAAGGUCUUAUCGCAGGAGGAAAAAAGUUUAAGUUUAAUUAUGUCGCAAUGAUUCUCGAUAAAUCUUCAACCUAUCAAAAGUUUAUGAAUAUAGUCAAACAUACAAUGCCAGAUCGUGUUCCAGAGAAAUUUUUAAAAGCAACCACCAAACCCAUCUUAUCAAAUUCGUUCAGCAAAAAUUUAUUCACAGAGUUCUUUGAGGCAUCCAAAUAUAUGCAAUAUUUUAGAUUUUAUCAAAAAUGGGUUUCACCAGAGAAUUUCAAUGCAAUUGCAAAUUGUUUACGUUUAAAUAAUACCAUCACCCAUUUAUCGUUCCGUCAUAGUAAUUUAGAGGAUAGUUCAAUCGAAUCAGUUAUCUCUGCUUUAUCAGACAACACUACAAUAGAGAAUAUAGAUUUCCGUGGUAAUAAGUUGGCUGAUGCAUCUGCAAUUAAAUUGGCUCAAGUUCUUUUAAACAAUAAAUCAUUAAAGAUCAUCGAUUUGUUUUACAAUAACAUUGGUCCAGAAGGUGGCGCCGCUCUUUGUAAAGCUCUUAAAACAAAUAAGACCUUAGAGAAACUUUAUAUACGUUGGAAUCAUAUCUCUGGUAGUAGCGCUGUGUGUUUGGGUGACUCACUUUCGAAAAAUUCAUCUUUAAAAUGCAUUCAUUUGGAUCGUAUCGAUGAUCAGUCUGGUGCGGUAUUGUUUGAGGCCAUUGGUAACUCUACAACAUCAGUUUUAUCAGAAAUUAAUUUAUCAGAUUGUGCUUUAAAAAGUGGUACCGCUAGUGCAUUGGGUAAAACUUUAUCAAAGAAAAACAGUACAUUGCUAGAUUUAAACUUUAAAAACAAUCAGUUUGGUAACUGUAUUGUUUCAAUUGCAAGUGCAUUACAAAUUAAUAAUACCUUGACCAAAUUAAAUCUUUCAGAUAACCGUAUUAGUGAUCAAUUUGGUGGAUGGGAGUUGGCAGAGGCAUUCUCACACAAUAGUUCCAUCACUUCAUUAUCAUUGUCAACAAAUCAAUUGGGUAACCGUUUUGCUGAGGGUAUUGCACGUGCACUUACAAAUGGUUGUGUCAAAUCAAGUUUAAAACUUUUAGAUAUCUCUGGUAAUCAAAUUGAUUACGAAGGUGCUAGAUAUAUUGCUGAGGCUCUUAGAGAUAAUAAAACCUUAAAACUUUUAAAUUUAAAUCAAAACAAACUAUCACCUCAAUUUGGAACAUUAAUAGCAGAGUCUUUAAAAUCAAAUCAAACUUUGAUUCAUUUAGAACUCUCUUAUACAGGUUUAGGUGACAAAGGCUCUUUACCAAUAGCAAAUUUAUUAAAAAAUAAUGGUACCCAUUUAGUUCGUCUCAACUUGAAUGAAAACCAAAUUACCGAUCCUACAGGCCAUGUUUUUGCCGAAGCUCUUUUAUCCAAUAGUUAUAUUCAAGUUUUAGAUCUCAGUUUUAAUCAAUUCUCUUAUCGUGUCAAAGAAUCUUUUGAACGUUCAAUGAAAUCAAAUCUUUCAAUUACAAAUUUAUCUUUCUCAUCUGUACCAUUAAAAUGGAAAUUUCAAUUAUAA